AUGAAUAGCAUUCUGAAGGGGGAUAGAAACAAGCGCCAGGGCAGCAGUUCUGCCAGGGUGGUGAGCUGGUCCGUCCCAGACGAGAAGCAACCAGCUCACACUACAGUGCCCAGCAGUGGCACCAAACCGAAGGACCUGAAAGAUCUGUAUUGUCUGAGGGAGUGUGUGCAGGUCAUCACUCAGUGGAAGGAGCAGGUGGAGUGUGUGCGUGAGGUUAAAAGCAAUGCAGAAAGUAAUAGUUUGGAACAGUGCAGAAAACUCAUCCUAGAGUGGGCAGAGGACCUCAGGAACGCUGACACAGUGGAUUUGAGGAGAAGCACACUGUGGGAGAGGACAGAGGAGGAAGAGGAGGAAGAGGAGGAAGGCAGUCAGACAGAGUCCUGGGUCAUGGAAUGGGCCAGAGAACUGCACACUAUGACUGAGCGUUGUGGAGUGAGAAGGGACGAAUUUGCAGAGAUCCUAGUGAAUCUGAGAAAGAAGAAGAAGCUGCUGAUUCUGCUGCCGUUCCUCCAGUUUAUUACCUGGAUACUGCUCAGAAAACAGAGCAAGGAGACAGUGAUGCGGCUGUGGCUGUCCACUAAGCAGCGCACCUGGAGAACAGAUACACCAAAAUACAUCCCACACUCAGUGUGGGAAUGGAUCCGCAGCGCAUCUGUGGAAGUAACGUUGGACCCAAUGACGAACCACCCGUGGUUACAGCUCUCUGAGGACUGUAAGAAGGUCCAGGAGUCCCUGAGCGAGACAGAGGUAACAUUCAGCACCCAGCGUUUUGACAGCUGGCCCUGUGUGCUCGGGUCGGAGGGGUUUUCAUCCGGCCGGCAUUACUGGGAGGUCGACCUGGCAAACAAUGGGUACUGGAAGCUAGGGGUUACCACGGCGACUUCAAAGCGCCACGGACGUUUUCCCAUGAAGCCCUCUGGAGGGUACUGGGUGAUCUGGCGCAGUACACGGCAGUUCUUUGCCUGUACCAAACAAGACACGCCCCUGCCACUGUCAUUGGUGCCCAGGAAGGUGGGCGUGUACCUGGACUAUGAGGAGGGUCAGAUCUCCUUCUAUAAUGCUGAAAAGCAUGAGCACAUUUAUACUUUCACCGGAAGCUUCCAAGAGACGCUGUACCCGCUGUUUGCCCCGCUGGAUGGCCGCACACUCAUCACGAUCUCCUCGCCCAAAACACCAUCUCAGGCUGAUGUGGACGACUGA